GAAAAGUCUCAAAACUCGCUUCUAAGCAAAUUUACGUCGCAUUAACUUUAUCUUAAACAGAAAUGGCUCAAGGCAAACUAAAAGUAAAAAGCAAGCUGCCAGCGGGCGCGAAGAACAAGAAAGCGAAAGGCAAAGCUGUUACCAAGCGGCCUAACGCUCCAGUUAAAAGCAAGGCGACGGCUCUGGAAAGGAAUAAAAUGAAGGCGAAUGUUACGAAGAUGGUGAACGCUGUGGCUGAGAAGCAGUUGCGGUCGUUGGCUACGGACACGCCGCAACUGUCGGCGGCGCAGCAGCGGGCAGCGGCUGCACCCACGGCCCCGGUGCCUGCGAAGUGAU